AUGAACACCAUUGAGGCCUCUCAGACGAUGCAAUUCCCGUCCUCUACAAGCACAGUGCGAGUGAGACUGGUUGAUACUACCGGCGUCAUGGUGGUUAAUGCCAAGUCACUAUUCGAGCCUGUACAACCUGGACAUGAAACCCUGAAUAUAUAUGUUGCAGCAUUCCUUAUAGAGCAUGUGCCAUCAGGAGAACAGGUUAUGUUUGAUCUAGGCAUACGUAAGGACUACUGGAACCUCCCCGCGGUGCUUCAAAGCCGCUUGUCGGAGGUGAUCCCAUCUUUACGCGUCGAUAAAGAUGUUACAGACAUUCUUCAGGACAGUGGAAUUGCGCUGAAUGACAUAUCGACCAUUAUUUGGUCCCACUACCACUGGGACCAUAUCGGAAACACCGCAAUAUUCCCCCAUAGCACAAAACUGGUAGUUGGGCCUGGCUUCAAAUCUCGCUCAAAUAUACUCCCUGGUUUCCCUCUGGCACCCAAUUCCCCGGUAGAGGCCAAAGUCUUCGAUCAGCGUCCACUGAAGGAAAUCGACUUUUCUGGUACCGGUCUUUCUAUCGGCGGGUUUCCUGCGUACGACUUUUUUGGUGAUGGCUCCUUUUAUCUUCUUGACACACCAGGGCACUGUAUCGGCCACAUGUGCGGGCUUGCUCGUACAACCCCUAGUCCCAACGCCAGCUUCGUCUUGCUCGGUGGGGACAUUUGCCACUUUGCCGGCAUCUUCCGUCCGAAUAUCCAUAUGCCGUUGCCAGAUCCGAUGCCUCUCUGUUCAUUGUUUACUGAUCACCACCCUAGACGAGCUAUGGCAGAACUUGGGGACGGCAGUCGCACACCAUUCUAUCUUGUAUCAAAUGAUGCAUGCUCGGCUCAUGUGGACCCUAAGCUGGCACAACGUUCAGUGAAUAGCUUGGCUGCAUUUGACUCCCACCCGGACGUCAUGGUGUGCUUGGCACACGAUGAGGACUUGAUCAAACACUUACCCACCUUGAACAACAAUCCAAGUGAUGAUCUGAACUCCUGGAAAUCUCGUGGCUUCAAAGAAAAAAUCAGGUGGUUAUGGUUGAACCGUCUACCACAGGACGGAAAACCGGGACAAAAGCCCGCAGUUGAAGGGUUUUGGCGCAACGGUCAGCCCUGGCCAUCGGCCAAAGCAGAGCUACGCAACAGAGCACGCGAGGCGUUUGCAAAUUAUGGUCUCUGA